AUGGAACCCCCCGAGAAGAAGCGGCGGAACUCGGAGGAGUUCGCCUUUUGGGAUUUCGAGGUGUCAAAGGCAUGCGUCGAAGACAAGGGCGACCUCCUGCUGCUGGAUCCAUCCAAAAGUCGCAUUUUGGGGGAUAAGGCUUCCCUGAUCAUGAAGCUCACGGGAGCGACCCAGCUGGUGAUCAAGGAAGGUCGCAUAUGUGUCGCAGGAGCCAGAGCGCUGAAAUCGGAGGUGGCAAAGUAUGCAGACAUUAUUGUCAAUGAGCUUGUGCCACCAGACUAUGCUGGCAAUAACAUGCUGCGCAUUUUCGUGUCGGAGAGCUUCGCAUCCCGCUGGGGCGGCAGUGCAGAGGUAGAGAAGGCAGAGGGGGUGCUCAUUGUGGUUGAAAGGAGGCAGGAGGUUCUUCAAAUCCAGGUGGGGGAUUUGGUGGAGGUGGCGGUGCAGCGGGGCGUGUGGAGUAUGGCCAGCGUGGCGGCGCUGAAGGGCACCCGUGCCACGGUGCGCCACACGCGCGACUUGCGCCGCGAGGAGCUGCCGAUCCAGCGCGUGCGCCUGGCGCGGUCCGUGGCGAUUCUGGGCGCGAGCCACCGGCGCCGCCUAGCGGCGGCUCUGAACAUCACGGCCCAGCUGGAAGAGGAGUGCACGGGCGCGCUGGGGGCGCUGCAUGAGAACCCCCACCUCAAGGGCCACAACCUGGGUGUCAUCUCCCAGGAGCUGCCGGUUCCGACUGAGGUGCUGUGGCGUCUGGAGAAGUCGCCGUACCUCGCGCAGAUCCAGCAGGCCGUGGGAUGCAGCAUCAAGCUCUUCACGCGGCCGCCGCCGGAGUCCAAGGCCUCAGCCAGGAAGCUGUCAGCGGUGCCCUGCGUGCUGGUGGCCGGCAACCUGGAAGAGCGCUGGAAGGGCAUGCAGAUUGUGAAGACCAUCGCGAUGGGAAUGGGCCAGAAGAGGCACCCAGCCUUGCCCAAUGCGCUUCUCGGGGACUCCCGGACUGUGACCAUUCCGAAGGAUAUACUCUCUGUGGUGGUGGGAAAGCAGAUGAGCUCCUUGCUGCAGCUGAUGAAAUCCACCAAGACUGUGAUAUUUCCUCUGAAGGAAAAGGACAGGGACAUGGACAAGCUGUUGGACAUGAUGAUCGAAGACGAGGAGGAGAUGAAGUGCUGUGACAUUGCCAUCCUUGGAGAUCCCAGUGCUCGGUCAGAGGCGGAAGUCAAGGUGCGGUCACUCGUGGAGAAGCAUCAUCCAGGAUUCGCCAACCAGGACGUGCACAAUCAGGCAGUUGGCAUGGGUGUGGAAAAGCUGACGCUUGAAGGCGAGCUUGAGCAGCUGGAAGAGCGCUCUCAGCUAGCCCAGCAGCUGGCGGGGGCAACAGGAUGCCUGGUGGAAUUUGCCGCCACCUCCGCAUUUGUUGCUGGCACGCAGCCAGCCAGGGCGCUGUGCCAGGAGUACAUUUCCUUCGUGAACCACGGGCUGCGAUCGCAUGUCCAUGGGCUCAAGAUGCGGGCAGACACGGCAACCAGACCGAAGGUUCCCAGAGCUGUGGCGGCUAUGCCCUGGCUGCAGCAGCAGUUGGCCAAGCUGGCUUUGGGCAACAGCACGGUGACCUUCUUUGAUAUGGAGACAGCGGCAGGAGAGAACGAAACGAAGCGCCUGGUCUUUGCUGGCAACGUCUUGGCACUUCGCCCAGGUGUCGGGGCGGGACUCGUUGCCCAAGCCAAUGCGCUCAUCCAGAAGGCUCAGAUGUACCAGGAGGAGAACAAGACCUUGGAGGAAUGCCUUCAGGCGGAGGUGGAUGCCAAGAAAGAUGAGGCGGAGGAAGUGAAGGCCGUUUUUGGCGCCUUCUCAGCAAAGGGCAAAGGCAAUGAAGGCAAAGGAAAAGACAAAGGAAAAGGCAAGGGAAAGGACAAGGGGAAAGGAGAAGAUCGGUGGGAGGACGGAACCAAGCACGAGGACGAGGGUGACAAAGGCAAAGGAGAUGGCAAGGGAAAGAAGGGCGAGGGCCAGGGAAAGGGCUACGGCAAGGGGAAAGGCGGGAUCCUUUGCGCCACAAACGCCAGCUGCCAUAACCGGAAAGAGUGACACCGCUGACAGCCAGCACUCUGCUCCGCGAACACCAGCAGUCCUCCUCCAGCGCCAUGCUCAAAGCCAGGCAUCUAAGGCAUCGGCCGACCGAGAGCAUCGAGAGCUGGCCCUGCCCAAAGCGCCCAUGACGCCUGCAGCGAUCCGAGACUGGAAGCCCCGCGAGGAAAUCUCUGAGGAGCGCCCGGCAGUAGAGCCUUUGGAGCUACGAUUUGCUCCAAAGCGGCGAUCAACUGGAGA